CGGCCGGCGUCGGCUCUCUUGGCCGCGGCCCGCCGCCGCCGCCGCCAUGAACCCGUUAUUCGGCCCCAACCUCUUCCUCCUGCAGCAGGAGCAGCAGGGCCUGCUGGAGGCCGAGGCGGCGCCCGCCGAGCACCCGGCCGAGCCCUUCGCGGCGGAGCGGCUUCCCCCGCCGCCGCCCGCUGCCCCCUUCGCCGCGCCGCCCGCCGCCAUGGCCCUGCGCAACGACCUGGGCUCCAACAUCAACGUGCUCAAGACCCUCAACCUGCGGUUCCGCUGCUUCCUAGCCAAGGUGCACGAGCUGGAGCGGCGCAACCGGCAGCUGGAGAAGCAGCUGCAGCAGGCGCUGGAGGAGGGCGCCUCCCGCGCCCGCGGGGCGCCGCGCCGCGACCAGGCCGUGCAGACCGGCUUCGUCAGCCCUAUCCGGCCCCUGGGGCUGGCGCUGGGCAGCAGCCGGCCCGGGGGGCUCUGCGGGCCCACCAGGCUGCUGGGCUCCCCCGGCUGCCACCCUGGCGCUCCCCUUGUCCCGUCCCCGCAGCCGCCCCCCUUUGCCGCCUCCUCCCGCUUCAUGCCCGGCACCAUCUGGUCCUUCUCCCAGGCCCGCCGGCUGGGGCCCGGGCCGGAGACCACCCUGGUGCAGGGCCCAGGGGUCUCCUGGAUCCAUCCCGACGGGGUGGGCGUGCAGAUAGACACCAUCACCCCCGAGAUACGGGCCCUAUACAACGUGCUGGCCAAGGUGAAGAGGGAGCGCGACGAGUACAAGCGCAGAUGGGAAGAGGAGUACACAGUGCGUGUCCAGCUUCAGGAUCGAGUGGCUGAGCUGCAGGAGGAAGCCCAAGAGGCUGAAGCAUGCCAAGAAGAACUGGCUAUGAAGGUGGAGCAGCUCAAGGCAGAGCUUGUUGUCUUCAAGGGACUGAUGAGCAAUAACAUCACUGAGCUGGACACCAAGAUCCAAGAGAAGGCCAUGAAGGUGGACAUGGACAUCUGCCGGCGUAUUGACAUCACUGCCAAGUUGUGUGACGUGGCACAGCAGCGGAACUGUGAGGACAUGAUCAAGAUGUUUCAGUCUCUGCACUUGUCUCCCGUUAAGGUCCCAGCCUCGGUGGGGCGGAAGCGGGAACGGAAGCAGAUCAGUGAUGAAGACACCUCACUCUCAGAGAGUGAUGCCUCCCGAAAACCUGAAGAGGAAGAGGAGGAUGAGACCACAGCCAUGAGUAUCAAUGAGGAAAUGCAGAGGAUGCUUAACCAGCUGAGGGAAUAUGACUUUGAAGAUGACUGUGACAGUCUUACCUGGGAGGAGACGGAAGAAACGCUGCUUCUCUGGGAGGAUUUCUCGGGAUAUGCUAUUGCAGCUGCAGAGGUGCAGGGGGAGCAGCAGGAUGACAGCCUGGAGAAGGUGAUCAAGGACACAGAGUCAUUGUUCAAGAGCCGUGAGAAGGAGUAUCAGGAAACCAUCGACCAAAUAGAGCUGGAAUUGGCCACAGCCAAGAAUGACAUGAAUCGGCACCUGCAUGAGUACAUGGAAAUGUGCAGCAUGAAGCGGGGUUUGGAUGUACAGAUGGAGACCUGCCGGCGGCUCAUCACUCAGUCUGGGGACAGGAAGUCUCCUGCCUUCACCCCGGCCUCAAACAGCGAAUCAGCCCCGAAUGAGGAGAGUGAGGAGUCUGAUCGUGAUCCCCCAAGUGAUGCAUCCAUCAGAUAAUUAGGGGAGGACCUGUUCCUUCAGCCCCCCUUCCUGGCAAAGGGGUGUCUGAGCCAUACCUGGAAGAGACUAUGAGGGACAUGGAGCCUCUGGUAAACUUCUGUCACCCAUGCCAUCCCCAUUUGGGGGUGGUUGACAGAUCCCUCCCAACAGGAUGCCCUGUAAAUGGGAAUAGCAAGAUAGACCUGAGGGCCCUUAUCUGGUCUCCUCAUCUUCCAGCCCCCUUUUAGUUUCCCCGCUUUGGUUUAACUGCGGUUCAGGCAGGGAGGCUCCACAUUUAUCACAGCACUUUCUCCAGGAAUUGUCCCAAGGUCCUCCCAAGCCCACCACCUCCAGCCUCUUUCCUGGUGUACUUGACUUGCGCCCUCCCCUCUUGCCCACCCUGUGCCGCACAGAAGCAGAACCAGAGCUGUACUUCUCUGCAAACUGGACCCGAUACUGGUGCCAACUGGACCGAGCCCUGGACUCGCUCUAUCCUUACUGCUCUCUGAGCACGUGUGGUCCCUGCACUGCGCCACACCAGGUACGAAGAGCCUCUCUUCCUCCAGGGCAGGGACUGAGUCCUGCUCACCGUGCACUUUGCUUUGCUGCGCAUUUGUGGUGCGUGUGUGACGCACAUGUAUGUGUGUGUUAAGGAAAUGAGGGAUCAUUAAAUGGAACAAUUACCUUUUCUACAGCU